AUGGCACACGUUUCCUCAGAAAUUCAAGAUGAUUCUCCUAAAAAUGGAUUGACUGGUUCCACAGCCUCCAUUAGCGCUCCUUUGUGUGAGCGCACAUUUACUGGAAAUGUGGACCUGAGGUCUAUGAUUGAAGAAAAUGCUUUUCAGGGCUUUUCAGGAGGAUCCUUGAGUAAAAGACCAUGUUACACACUCUGUGUCUCUGAAGCAGAUGAAGAUAAUGAUUUUCUUUCUCUGACCUUUCUCAGAAAACUUUGGAAAAUAGUUAAAAGUGACCAAUUCAAGUCAAUUUUCGCCCAUUCUCUCAGUUGUCUUUUGUUUCAGGGAUAG